AUGGUUGAGCUGAUGACAUAUGGUAGGACCGAUCCCGAGAUUUUCCCUUGGAAACUGUCUGGGAGGGGGGGGGGGGGGGGGAUGCGGCAUGUUACCAGUGAUAGCUCGCCGCGACUCCACCGGGUCAAGCGUGAAAUUAUGCAAAUCCUCUCCGAAGGCGUCAGCGACCCCGGUGAAAUCGACCUACUCUGGGAAAACUCAUUCAGGAAUAGCCCUCUCCCCUACCAACUGAUGGACCAAGUCGGCCUCGACACCGUCGCCUUCAUCGAAGAAAACUACAUCCAGGAGAUGGGUCUUCCCUCCGCCCCAACUGUCGACUGGCUACGCAAGGAAUAA